GGAGAAAUGGCAGGAGAUGAGAUAGCCCAGAGAUGGGACCACACACAGAUCAGCAUUCAGGACUUCUCCUACAGGUGGACCAUCAACAACUUCCCUUUUAUUGUUGAGGAAAUACCAGAAAGCUUUGUCAGCCGAAGAUUCUCAAUAGGAAGCAAUGACAAAUGGUGUUUGAGAGUACUCCCGAACGGAGUUGAUGAAGAAAGUGCAGAUUACCUAUCAGUUUACCUAGUGUUGCUCAGCUGUCUAAAGAGUCAUGUUUGGGCAAAGUUCCAGUUCUGGAUCAUAAGUGCGGAAGGAGAGAAAAUAAAAGUCACGAGGAGCCCAAGAGCCUUUAGGUUCAUGCCAGGCGGGAGCUGGGGAUACAAAAAUUUUAUUCUUUGAGACUUGCUCUUGUCCCAUGCAUUUUGGUUACUGCCAGAUGACCACCUCACCCUUGCCUGCAAGGUAAGCGUGGUCCAGGUCUCUUGCAGCAACUCUGACCAGAACCGGAAGCCAGCAAUUCAGGUUCCUAACUGCACAUUGGCAGAUGAGCUAGGAGAGCUGUGGGAGAAGUCCCAAUUCACAGACUGCUCCCUGGUGGUAGCUGGUCAGGAAUUCCGGGCUCACAAGGCCAUCUUAGCAGCUCGCUCUCCAGUUUUCAGAGCCAUGUUUCAACAUGACAUGGAGGAGAGCAGAAAGAACCGCGUUGAGAUCCCUGACCUGGAGCCACAAGUCUUCAAGGAAAUGAUGGGCUUCAUUUACACCGGGAAGGCACCAGACCUGGACAGCAUGGCAGAUACAUUGCUGGCAGCUGCUGACAAGUAUGGCCUGGAGAGUUUGAAGGUCAUAUGUGAGGAUGCCCUCUGCAGGGACCUCUCUGUGGAGAAUGCUGCCCACACUCUCUUCCUGGCUGACCUCCACAGCUCAGGACAGCUGAAAGCCCAGGCACUGGAUUUCAUUACAGCUCAUGCUUCUGAGGUCUCUGAGACCUCAGGCUGGAAGGCAAUGGUGGGCUCCUAUCCCCAUUUAGUGGCUGAAGCACACCGUUCCUUGGCUUCUGCUCAUCUUCCUUUCUUGGAGCCCCCUUUCAAACGUUUGGAACAAUCCUAG